AUGUUCGCCGACAGAUGCAACACGCCGACGCAUCUUCUUGCAAAUUGGUCUUGUCGGAAUCGACCAGAAGCUUUCAUUUGGUUACCUUACCGAGACAUUGGAGUGCGUUGGCAUGAGUUCGCAGUGUUGCUUCCCAAGUCUGAGCUAACGAACGUCGUCCAUAUGAUUGACCAGAUGAAGGCGGAUGAUGUAGCAAAGCGUUUGGCGAUUGUCCAGAAAUAUAGGCCGUUGUUCACAUCGGUUGGUCUUGCCACCUACAUUGAGUACAUGUUGAGCGUGGCGCAGAAGUCGGUUGGAUUAUCUUCCAUUGCAGGACCUGACACAUAUGAGUUCGGCCGUUCAACGUUGUUUUAG